CUUAUCAUGUAUAUAUCCUGCCUCCUCUCUACAUGACAAACCAUCGCUGGGGACGCGAUUCAUGAGUAUGCGUUUACUCCGCACCAACUACAUGCCCCUGCAGCUACAGGAAUUUGGAGAGGACAAGAUCAACAAGGGCGAGGUCAAGUAUGCAAUUCUGUCGCACCGAUGGGGGGACGAUGAAACAAGUUUCCAGGAUCUAGGACACCUGGAGGAAGACGGGAAAAAAGCUACCAAGGGGUACAAGAAAAUCCAGCGCUUCCUCGAGCGAGCAGCGAAAGAUGGAUACGACUACGCCUGGAUCGACACUUGUUGCAUCAACAAGGAAAGCAGCGCCGAGCUAUCCGAAGCCAUCAACUCCAUGUUCCGGUGGUACCAUCUGGCCGGGAUAUGCUAUGCGUACCUUCAGGACGUCUAUCCGAGCAAGAACCCAGCGAAUGUGGACACCCAGCUUCAGAGAAGUGAAUGGUUCAAACGGGGCUGGACGUUGCAGGAACUGAUCGCUCCACCGAAUUUGGUUUUCCUCUCGCGGGACUGGACUGAUAUAGGAAAUAAGAAUGAUCGGAGCCAACUGAUAUCCAAGAUUACGCUGAUAGACGAGAGCGUUCUGCGAGGAAAGACUCGACUGGGCGAUUGUAGCGUCGCAAAGAGGAUGUCGUGGGCUUCGUCCAGGGUAACAACCAGAACGGAAGAUACCGCGUAUUGUCUCAUGGGUAUCUUUAAUGUGAAUAUGCCCUUGCUCUAUGGAGAAGGCAGGAAGGCUUUUAUUAGACUCCAGGAGGAGAUCAUGAAGGGGUCCGAUGAUCAGAGUCUUUUUGCCUGGGACGCCUCUGACCUUCAAGGCUUCAACAGCACCGGUCUGUUAGCGCUCACACCGGGCUUUUUCAAGAACUCCAGGAAUAUCGUCCCCUUUCGAUCUCUGAAGAAUAGCUCCCCUUACUCAGUGACUAACAAGGGAAUCCGAUUGCAGUUACCGCUGAUUACCAUCAAAGGUGAUGGAGGGAAAACCUUUGGACGUGAAAUCGUCAAACAAAGAAAGGCGCUUCUGUUGGAAUGCCAGGAGGUGUCGGCGGAUCACCGUGCGAAACCAGUAGCUGUAAUGUUGGGUCAAUUAGCUGGCAGUGACUCGCAGUUCAUUCGCAUCAAUCGUGGCCUACACAGAUACCUGUCAUGGGCUCACCUCCGGUUCGUUGAGCCUUCGGAGAUAUAUGCAAGGAAGAUCUACCAGGGCUUCGAGGAGGCUGUUAUAGAGCCUGCAAGAAAAUUCACAGGCCCGGACGCGGGCCUCAGCAAACCCCAGCGCAACAUGGUUUUAUUUUUUGACGAUAGAUGUUACAAUAGCUUUCCCAAGGGUAAUGGAUCCGCGAUUCAGACCAUACACGAUCUUGUUAGCGAUGCCGGCAACGUGCAGGUUUGCUACUACGAUCAACCCACCACGGAUGAUAACAUCGAAAAGCGUGUAAUGCGCGCGCACAAGCAUGACAUAUGGGGUUCUUAUAAAGCCUGGUAUCAUGCGGUGUCGCGCGGGAAUCCUGAUUCAGCGAGAGGUGACUUUUCUGAAUUGACCUCAAUUCGAGGCUGGACCCACGAAUGCGCAGUUACCUUCUUGGGUCUAUUUGAUUCAGUCAACAGAGCACCUGGCUGUAACCUGGCAAGGGGGACUAGUGGUCGUCAGAAAGAGGAAAACCUACCAUCUGUUGUUACACAUCCUGGUCUUGUCGUCCGCCAUGCCGUGGCCAUCGACGAACAAGACCCUUCAUUACGCCCCAACCUGGGCUACGAAGCAGCCGAAUGUAUGCAUGACUUCCAAGAGAUUUGGUUUCUGGGUGGACACGCGGUGCGCAUCCUCCUGUGUCUUUUGGCACCGAUGGGCUUCUGA